GCUCAAACGAGGAAAACAAAGACGUUAAAAGAUCCAUUUGUCCACAAGUGGAUGCAUCAGAAUGGAGCGGAGCAGGGAGCUUGUGGCUUGCCUGUUGUAGCUCCUACACCACAACUACAAUCAUGCAAUGCAAUUUUAAGCUUCAUUUUCUUCACAUAUUUCCCCCAACAUGAGGUACAUGCCACAAGAACAUGUUUAAAAAAACAAAAAGGGUUUUCAUCACAAAAUGUUUGAUCUCUGGCUUUAUUUUGUACCUCUGAGAGGAUUAAUAAACAAUUAUUUCAAUUUUUUUCUUUGAAAGUCCCAUAGCUGUGUGGUAAAGACAAGUGCCCGUCCCACAGAGUGAAACAGGAAAGGCUGUUUUUAGACAUCCUGGCUGGUAAAGGUGUUUGUGCUCCAUGAUGGCUAUUGAAGAGGGAUAAGAAAAAAUCAUUAGAGCUUGAGCACAAAGCACUGAGCACACCUUUAGUCAGUAUAGGGAUGACUGUGGGGUUUGAAGAGCAGCAGUGACCACUCUUUUCCUCCCUCCAUCUCUCCAUCUCCUCCUCUCAGUCUCCCCCUCCCCUCCUCUGUUGCAGUAUCAUCCUGUACUGGACCACAUGAGCAACACCAGCCCAUCCCGGAGUAUCACAAAACACCUCAGCAGCUCCCCCUUCACGUUAACUCCUUUGCUCCUUGACGUAGAGAAAUCCGUCCUUUUUUGGGGUUUUAUUUUUUGGCAUUUGCUUUGAAUUCAAAUGACAUCACAUUGCUGCAGUGCCGCGCUGUCCAUGAAAGGUGUCAGUCGUUUCCUGUGAAGACGAGAAUGUGUCCACUCCGCUCCAGACAUCAUCAUGGCGUGACGGCAGCGCCAUGCGAGUUUUAGUCAGGAGGACGCACCGCACCGGGCACCUUUUCUCUGGGACACCGACUGACUGAUGCUCCCCGGCUCCAUCCCGCCCGGAGACACCGUCUGCGUCGCUGCUGUGGCGGAGCGAGUCGUGCAUGAUGAAAAGUAUUCGCUCGCAUGGGUACGCAUCAUUCUAGAGGAGAUUUGGUGGGGAUGAGACGCAGCAUCCUGCAUGGGUGGGAUUCCUUCAAUGCGCUUCUGAUCGUGGAAGUUAUGACAACAAACAGCAUCUGCCGCGGAAAGGAAGAGCUGGGGUUCGAAUCCCGGUGCUGAUGGGGGGCCGUCUGUGAGCCUUGGACACGCAACCCUCCUGAAACUAUCGCCCGGACUGCAUCUCUUAUCUCGCUCCGUGAUAGAAGAAGGAACUGAACUCGCCCUGCUUGUGCGUAAGGAGACUGGAUAGCUCUGCGCGCACGCAGCCUGGAUGCAACUCAUUUGAUUUCUCGGACUCCCCCUCGAGCUGUUUGGAUUUACAGCGGAUUUUUUAUCCUAUAGCCUCGCUGUUCCCAGACUUUGAGUCCCAAUCGGAUUGUUCGGGGAUUUGAGGUGGGGUUCCAUCCCGACGCAGGUAACCUGAAGGUGGUACCCCCGCUGGCUGCUUUUUAGGACAUUAGAGCCGCUUAUCACGUCCCAUGGAUCCUGCAUCAUAGCACUGACCAGCUUGAUGAGGCGGUUUUAACUGUUGUGUUUGGAAUUUUUUUUUAAAUACUCCACAUCUGAUAAUCAGAGUUUUUUUUAUUCAUCAAGUGAAACAAGUCUGGUUCAGUUAAAUCAUGAGCUGUGGCAUCAACUAUUUGGCAUCAAUAAUUGCACCGCUUUUGACCGCUUUGAGGAGAAGUCGGCGUGGAAUAUAACAUCUGGGCUGUCCUACCCUGGUUCCACUGAGAGCCGCCUGGCUCCGCUCCUAUUUCCUUCAAACACCUGGUGAGGAUGCUCAAACUUGUGAUGGAGACCAGCGCUUGAAAUUUGAAACUGAAAACUAAUCAGCAAUGGACCGGUUGGUGCUGUGCAUGCUGCUGUGCGCAGUCCUGGUGAAGGGAUACAACUGCCCCGGCCGCUGCAUCUGCCAACAUCUCUCCCCGACUCUGACUCUGCUCUGUGCCAAGACGGGCCUGCUGUUUGUGCCGCCCACGAUUGACCGCAAGACCGUCGAGCUGCGCCUGACUGACAACUUCAUCACCAUUAUCCGCAAGAAAGACUUUGUCAACAUGACGAGUUUGGUUCACCUCACGCUGUCCCGCAACACCAUCAGCCAGAUCGUCCCUCAUGCCUUUGUGGGGCUGCGCUCGCUGCGGGCGCUCCACAUGGACGGGAAUCGCCUCAACAUCAUCAAAAGUGACCACUUCAAAGGGCUCAUUAACCUACGGCAUCUCAUUCUGGGAAACAACCAGAUCCACGAGGUGGCCUCCACCUCCUUUGAUGAGUUUGUUUCCACGAUCGAAGACCUGGAUCUUUCCAAUAACAACCUGCGCGGCCUGCCCUGGGAAGCUAUAGCCAGAAUGAGUAACAUUAACACGCUCACCCUUGACCACAACCUGAUCGACCACAUUGAGGCGGGAACCUUUACGCUGCUCACUAAGCUGGUUCGCCUGGACAUGACCUCUAACAGGCUGCAAAAGCUGCCUCCCGACAGCUUGUUCCAGCACGCGCAGGUCUUGUCUGAAGUCAAGGGCUCCAGCUCAUCCACUCUAGCAGUCAGCUUUGGAGGAAAUCCUCUUCACUGCAACUGUGAGCUGCUGUGGCUGCGCAGGCUGACCAGAGAGGAUGAUCUGGAGACUUGUGCUUCACCAGAGCACCUCAUGGAUAAAUACUUUUGGUCCAUUCAAGAGGAGGAGUUUAUCUGUGAGCCUCCACUGAUCACCAAACACGUGGCCUCCAAGUCCUAUGUGAUGGAAGGACAAGGCGUGACUCUUAAAUGCAAAGCUGUAGGUGAUCCAGACCCUUUUAUUCACUGGCAGUCUCCAGAUGGCAAGCUGGUGCAUAACAACUCCCGCACCAUCUUGUACGAUAAUGGUACCCUUGAUAUUCUCAUCAGCACGCUGAAGGACAACGGGGCGUAUAACUGCGUGGCGUCCAAUGCCGCAGGCAUCGCCACAGCUGCCGUGGAGAUCACCAUGAUCCCAUUACCCUUGUUCGUUAACAACACAGGCCACAUGCGAGAGGACCCCGGCCUCUCUGACAUCACCACCUCCUCCAAAUCCGGCAAUGACACUAAAGGCUACGACAAGCAGAACAGAAGGGUGGUGGUCACCGAGCUGACUUCAUCCUCUGCUGUGAUCCGCUGGCCGUCUGAGCGUCACAUUCCCGGAAUCCGAAUGUACCAGAUUCAGUACAACAGCACAGCAGACGAUACUUUAGUCUACAGAAUGAUCCCAUCCACCAGCAAGAGCUUCUUGAUCAAUGAUCUGGCAGCAGGACGAGAGUAUGACCUUUGCGUGCUGGCGGUUUAUGACGAUGGCAUCACAUCAUUAACGGCAACACGUGUAGUUGGCUGCGUGCAGUUCCACACAGCCGGUGAGGUCAGCCAGUGCCGCUUCAUGCACAGCCAGUUCCUGGGAGGCACUAUGAUCAUCAUUAUUGGUGGCAUAAUUGUUGCUUCAGUCCUGGUGUUCAUCAUCAUCCUCAUGAUCCGCUACAAGGCCUACGGCAGCCCGGUGGUCAGCAAAACCAAGAACAGCUCCACCGUACACCUGCAGAACAGCAGCAGCCAGCAGCAGCUCCAGCGCUCCACCUCCAAGCAGCCACCUGAUGAAGGACUUCGUGAAGCUCAGGCGCCGAUAGAGUGCAUGGCGCUGGUGGAAGAUGCCAAGAAGGAGGGUCCGACUGACAUCACUGCCAUACUGGAGGUGGAGCUGCCUUCGGGUGUAGACAAGCUAAAGCGAAGGGCCAGCAUGGAUGCACAGCGCUCUGGCCCGCCAUCAGAGGACACACAGACAGACAGUAGCCUGACAGGCUCCACCAUGUCACUGUGUCUCAUAGGCUCCAAUGCUGGCACUAAAGAAGCUCCCAGGCUUAAGGACAAGAAAAACGUCCUGGCCAGCGUGGGGUUGCCUCCCAAUGAGCUGGCACGAACUAGGCACAGAUUCUCUUUUGACGGUGGAGAUUACUCCAUAUUUCAGAGUCAUAGUUACCCACGCAGGGCGAGGACGAGGUGGCACAAGUCCACCAACCAGCUCAACUUGGAGUCAUCGCCACUUGCCAACAGGAGAGUUACAUUCAGCAGCACCGAGUGGAUGCUUGAGAGCACAGUCUGAGGAAAGCAAGGUCGCCAAAAAUAAAAACAAAACAAAAAAGGCUCAGCUUCUCAGAGACAUACAUAUGUAAAAACACAAGUGUCUCCAUGCCAUAAAACCCAAUGUCCCUGCGUUCAGCAGGUGAUUACAACAAGCACAUCUACAUGCUAUAUUUCUGUGAGUUGCUGGAAAGGAACACUGUCUCCCUUCAUCGCGCCUCCCCCAUCAUACUCCCAGAGAGAUUUGUUGUCCUUUCUUUACGCAGCAGUGCCUUAUUCUUCUUAAAGUGUACGAAUGGAGGAUGCUGCUCAUUGUUGUCAUAAACCUUUCCUGUCUGUCAUUGCCUCCCACUCUGACUGUGGGAAUUUGGAUUUUUAAUUGCUAUUCAUUUUUUGUGAUGCGCUGAAGGGAGGUUUAGUGUUUGGAUGUGACUGUUUAACUGUAAAAAAAAAAAAGAGAGAGAGAGAAACAACAACAACAGAAAAACAACAACCCUCCAUCAAGCAGUAACUGUAAAGUGAACAGCCAGGUAUCCUGUUAUGUCAAUCAUCUUCUGGGAUGUUUCAGAAAAAAAAAGAAAAAAAAACUUGCACAGAAGACACGAGAUACUAGGACAAGUAUCACCACCAAUCUAUACAAAAAAAAGGAAAAUUAUGAAAUAGAAAUUUCUAAUGUUGGCACAAAGAGGAUGGAUGUGGAAAUCUGCUUCUGUGGAUUCCUCUUUCACAGCCGGACUAUGACGUUAAAUGACUAUUGUUCCAGAUGUGACUGUAUAUUGAUCGGUACUGUAUCUGGCUGGUCUAGAUAAAAGACAACAAACGAAAAAGACAUAUAUAAAUAUAUUAAAACAUUGGUGUAUGUGUACUAACUAUGUAAGUAAGUAAGUCAUUUGUCACAUGACUUUUUACAAAGCAUUUGGGUGUUGGCUGCAAGUUUUUACAUUAAAAACCUGUGUCAUCACACCACUUCCUAUUUAGUAUGUCGACAUUUGGAUCAUUUAUCCCUUUCGCGGAGGGUAUUAAAUUCUUUUGUGUGGGUU